AUGCGCCUCUUCCGUCGCCCGUCACUUCUGUCACUGGUCCUCGUGGCGCUCGUCUUGACAUUGAUCGUCACCAACACCCGCAGUAGAGAAGCAUACCUCUAUCAAGGCCAGAAGGGGCCACUAUACGACCCAGCCCGCUUCUCGCCCGGGACCGCCAAACCGGCCGGGCAGAACUACACGCGUGUGCUGGUCACGACACGGCUGUCUGGGGAAGACACGUCGUGGCUCGACCGAGACCUGCCCGACCUGCCCAAGAAGAUCUACACGAUCGACUCGACAGACUCGGGAAGCGGUCAUGGCCUGUCGGCGACGAACAGGGGCAGCGAGGAAGCCAUGGCCUAUCUGACCUACAUCAUCGACCACUACAACGCCCUCCCAGAUAUUGUGCUGUUCUUCCGCCCGGCCAAGAAGAGCUGGCACAACAACGUCGUGCUGGACGCGGACACGGGCGUCACCAUCAAGCUCCUCUCCGACGCCCACGUCAUGCGCCAGGGCUACUUCAACGCGCGCUGCCACCUCGACCCGGGCUGUCCGGACUGGCUGCACGUCGACCAACCCCUGAGAAAGCACGACCUGGCCCGCAAACCCGCGGGGCCGGCCCUGACCUCGUCGCUGUUCCACGACCUGUUCGGGCACGACACGCCCAUCCCGCGCGCCCUGUCGCAGCCGUGCUGCACCCAAUUCGCCGUGUCGGGCGAGCGCAUCCGCCAACGCUCUGUGGACGAGUACCGACACUACCGGGACUGGCUCAAACGCAGCGACGACUCCUCCAAAUUCUCGGCAACCAUCCUCGAAUACUCCUGGCAAUACAUCUUCACGGGCCUCUUCGAGUUCUGCCCGUCCCCACACCGCUGCCUCUGUGACGGGUUCGGCGUGUGCUUCGAGGGCCGCGAGCGCGGCCUGCGCCGCUGGCUCGAGGCGUUCGACGCCAAGGAGGGCCUGGACGCGCAGCUCCUCGCGCUGUGGACCGGCGGCAGCGACAGCGACAGCGACAGCAACACCUUCAGGGAUCUCAAGAACCGCCGCGGCAGGCUGGGCAGGGAGCUCGACCGUGCCAGGGAGUUGGCUGUUCGGAGGGGCUUUGAUCCGCGGACCCGGGCGAGGGAGUGUGGUAGGCCGUGGCGUGCGGGUGAUGGCUUUUAA